GGGCUGGGAAAGGCUGGGGAUUGAGAGCUGCAGCUAGGCCGCUCCCUGGGCAGGUUCCCAGCCCAGCAGCCCAGGGGGAAGGGGCUUUGGCCCCCAGGGGCUCGGAUUCGCCCCCCUGCCAUUGCCAGGGGCUGGGAGAGCGCAGGAGCCGGAGAGAGAGAGAAGGGGAAAGAGGAGAAAGGAGGUGGAGAACAUCCCUUCCCCCAGCUGGGAUGCACAGAGCCCAGCCACCAGAAUUCAGCCAGAAAGGGACAGGCUUUUUCCUUGGGGUUCCCCCCUCCCUGCCACUUAGUGCAGGGAGAGAAGGAAGAAAACAGGAGGCGGGCCGGAGAGAUAUACAGGGACCUUUCAAACCAGAUUUGCCAGCAAGCUAAUAACAAGAAUUGGUGCAGUCUUUUUCCCCCCCCUUCUUCUUCUUUUUUCCCCCCCUUCUUCUUCUUCUUCUUCCCACUGAAAGACUCAGGCAGAGGCAGGGAAGCGGAUGGGAAAAGGGAGGAAGAGAAAUAAAGAAGGAAAGAAUCUCCAUUUCAUGGAGAGGGGGAUUUUGCAGGGACUGGUUCAUUUUACGCUGCAAGGAAAAAGAGAUUGGGGUUCAGAGGCAGAGUUCAAGAACGGGGUCAUUAGGCCUGGAAAGGUGGAGAUUGGGGAGCCUGUUGAGGAACCAAACAAGAAUUGCUAUUUAUUUUCAGGGAGCUGGUGGAUUUUUUUGCUUUCGGAAGCUGGGUUCGCAUGAGCCGGUAUUUUAUUUUCAGGGUUUGUUUUGUUUUGUUGUUUUUUUUAAAGGAAGAAACCGAUUUGUGUCAAGUUUUAGGAACCUUAAAAUGCAGUUAGGGGGGUUAACAAAUUAGGAAAUCUUCUUUUUUAUUUAAUUUUUGUAAGGGUUGAACUGGCCUCAGAAACAGUGUACAUAUUAUUGUAUGAUUGUUAUUGAUUAUUUAUUUUUCAAUGAUAGCAAGGAAAGACCGAGCUGUUACCCUAAACGAAGUGCCAAUUUGUGGAAGAAUUUGAGCUUCUGGUAUUUUUUGUUUCUGUUACAGUUUUUCAAGUAUUAGGCCAGGGAUUUUAUUUUAAUUUUUUUUUUGUCCUUGCCCUGCCAACAGAAGAACAGCUGUUAAAACUGGAUUAUAAGGAUGUUUUUUUUAUCUGUGUUUUGCAGUUAAGACUUUAAUAUUUUGAAGAAAAACUGCUUUGUUUCCUUUUACAUUUUUCCGACAGCAUCUGUCACCUUGAAAAGACUAUUUUUGGACGUACUAAAAAGGCAAGUGUGUGUUUUAGUUUUUUUCAGCAGAAAACAGGAGGGGAAAAAUUAAAAAAAAGAAAAGGAAAAAAAGGACUAUGUUCACACUCCAGCUCAAGAUGGACCUGCAGCUUCCAGGAUCUUGAUCUGUUUUCCUCUUCUGGAAUUUUUUUUUUUUUCCGGGAGGGUGCGAUUUUAAAAUUAUAAAAACAGUCAAGAAAACAGAGGACCCUGGGUUUUUGGAUCAGCGAAGGAGACAAGAAGAAUCAUGAGUGUGAGGCCUCCGCAGACUGCACUAGACAGGCCAGCCAGUAAAAAGCACUCUCGCCUGCCCAGGUUAAGCAGCCUGUCUUCACUGGGCGAUUCGGCUACAGGACGCAGGUCUCCAGGGCACCGCCGCCAGCCGUCUGACUGCACUGAAACGACAGGUUUGGUCCAACGGUGUGUCAUCAUCCAGAAGGAUCAGGAUGGCUUUGGCUUCACUGUCAGCGGGGACCGGAUCGUCCUGGUGCAGUCUGUCCGGCAAGGAGGUGCAGCCAUGAAGGCCGGGGUGCAAGAGGGUGACCGGAUCGUCAAGGUCAACGGCACCAUGGUGACAAACAGCUCCCAUCUCGAAGUGGUGAAGCUCAUCAAAUCCGGCGCCUACGUCGCGCUGACCCUCCUGGGGUCUCCUCCUCCCUCAGUGGUGCUCUCCGGCCCUCAGCAAGACGUGAGCGUAUCGGGGGCGCCCGGGAUUGCACCCCUGUGCCCCCCGCCGCCUCCCCCGCCUCCGUUGCCUCCACCGCAGCGCAUCACAGGACCCAAACCGUUGCAGGACCCAGAAGUUCAAAAGCACGCGACUCAGAUCCUCCGCAACAUGCUGAGACAGGAGGAGGCCGAGUUACAGCGGUUCUGCGAGGUGUACAGCCGGAACCCCGCCACCACGCUGGAGGAACGGAUCGAGGGGGCGCGCAGAAGGGUCAGCCAGCUGCAGCUCAAGAUCCAACAGGAAACAGGCAGCUCAGUGUUGCAGGAUUUGGGGCGGCCGUGCUGCAAUUCCGGCUCAGCCAGUCUCCGGGGGACGGAAGGCCGCCUCUCUCUGGACUCUCAGGAUGGCGACAGCGGUUUGGAUUCGGGCACUGAGCGGUUCCCUUCGGUGAGCGAGAUCUCUCUGAACCGGAACUCCGUUCUGUCCGACCCCGGCCUCGACAGCCCGCGCACCUCCCCGGUCAUCACCUCCAAGAUGUUCCAGCACCAUCGCCGCCAAGGCUCGGACACGCCCUUCCUGCCCAUCGCGGAGCAGGCGUGA